AUGGACUACUCUGCCUCGAUCAACGAUGCCGAUAAUCCGGCAGGUGCUUCUCCAUGGGGAUCUUCCCCUACUGGCUCACCGCAACAUACAAGGACCAGCACAUUUCCAACGAGAGAUAUUGUCUCGCCAACUCCAUAUAACCCGAAUCAACCCGGCAGUGCAACCCGUCCUCAAGAAGAUGUAAUGGGAGCAGGAGGUUUCAAUCGACCGGAUAGCAGUGCUGGUGCAUCAGUCUCUGAUGUUGAAAGUCGCAGACCUGAUACUGCCGAAUCAACUCAAAGUGAUGCCGAGGCACAGCAGGGGUUUGGACAACAGUAUCAGCAACAAACAGCUUCACAACCACAGUAUUCAGCGGGUCAACAUAGACCCGAACCUCAGAGAUAUCACCAUUCUGCUACGCGACAGGCACAUCAUGCCACGGCACCACAUUACAAGCUGCAAGCAAAGAUUACUGGACUGGAGCGCACUGGGAGGAAAGAUCCUAUCUUACGAUUUGAUGUACAUACCAAUCUCCCAAAAUUUAGAACCACUCAAUUUCGCGAUGUGCGAAGAACACAUUCCGAAUUCAUCAAGUUGGCAGACCAUUUAAUAUCCUCGAAUCCGGAAGCUAUUGUUCCCGCAGUUCCUCCCGCGUUGACAUCUGCUGGUGCUGGCACGGAUGAGGACGAAGCGCGGGUUAAAGCUUCUCUUCAGAGAUGGCUCAAUUAUGUCUGUUCUAAUGACGUAUUAAUGAGAGAUGAUGAGAUGGUUUUGUUCGUUGAGAGUGAUUUUGGAUACAGCCCAAUGUUGAAGAGAAAGCAACCAGCUACUGGCGUCCGUCGAAGAGUUAUCAAACAAUUUGCUCCUCCACCAGAUGAUACGCCAGAAUUACAAGACGCAAGACCGGUGGUGAAGCUCUUCUACCUUGGUACAAUGGAUGCAGGCCAUAAGGUGGACAAAUUAGUUAAAGCAAGACGAGGUCUUGGUCUGGCGGAGUCCGAUUUCGGUGUUAAGUUGGGUGCAAUGAACAUCCAAGAGCCUCAUCCAGGCCUCGCUAAUGCAUACCGGAAACUUGGAAAGACAAUUCAAAGUACGGGCGAUUUUCAUGCAGCACAAGGUACUGCUGAAGCUACGACAAUUGGUGACCCACUUCAGUAUCACUCUCAAGAUGCAUUUAUCGUCAAGGAAACUCUCACGAAUCGACACAUCCUUCUGCGCGAAUUGUUACAAGCUCAACAAUUAACUCGAAGCAAACUAAAUGCCGCAGACCGCUUGAAGGCCAGCUCAUCUGUCCGAAGGGAGAAAGUUGAUGAGGCCAUAUCAGCCCUUGACGAGGCACGCAGUAAUGAAGUCUAUCUUCACAAUAAAACGCAACGUGUAACAGCAAAUUUAUUGCUUGAACAACGAAGGUGGUUCGCUCGGACUGCUGCAGAUCUGAGACUAAGCAUUCGAGAAUAUGUAAUUCGUGAGAUUGAAGCGGAGCGACGGACAUUGGCAACCUUAGAAAGCAUCAGACCCGACAUACGAGCGAUCGAUGCCUCUGGUGGACUUAGCCGGCUGGGUAGAGAAUCACAUCCAGCAGCAAGGAGGGCCAGCCUUGCAGCCAGUCAAGGUCCUAAAGGUGAUUCGUGGUCUGGUGUUCCAAGACGCCCCGAUGGACUUAACCGAAGCAUUUCAGGCAGUUUCAUGUCUACUCCCGAAGGCGCAAAUGGCGAAGAAGAGGGUGUGGGUCGUGACAGGUCGCUCAGUGGCAGCACUGGUGGAUUGCCGGGCUUAAAAGAAGAAGAAGAUGAGGACAGAGUUGAUGCGAGAAAUGCGGCGUCGAGAUUGGCUAAUGUUCUAUGA